AUGGCCAAAAAUUUGGGACUUUUGAAUCCUGCUCUCACUGGAAGUACUAUCAGCCUUGAUCGACGAAGCAACUCAAGUUUAAACGUUAUUGACAAUGCAAUGUAUCUCGAUGAAGAUUCAGGGAAUCCUUACAACACACUGCAACGCAAUGACAACCGUCAAGUUAAUCCAAGGCCAAAAAGAACUCAAAAUGCUGUAUAUGAUGACAUUUAUAACCCCAGAGUAGUGGGGCAAAAUCAGUCAAGGACUUCUCAAACUCCGAAGAAACCCGGUCGCGGGAGACAAAGGAAAAAUGGAAGAAUAUUUCGCGUUGUAUUGAUGUUUCUUAUUGUUCUUGUGGCUAUCAUAGCUUUACUGCUUGUUCUCCUGUUGAUGAUGGGGAAAGUUGGUCCAAAAUGUCGCUGCCGUACUUCAAAUUCAGGUGAGAAAGUAUUUUUUGCUCGUUAUUUUUAUCAGAUUUUGGUACGUGUAUCUUGAGAGCGAGCCGGCAAUGUUUAUCGUGGCAAGGGAUAACGUGUACUUGAAUGCAAAUUUAAAUUCAGCUGAUAUAUUGACUGUUAAACAUUUUGCCUUCAAAUAACAUAAUUUUAAUUCCCGGUUUUAAUUAUUGAUUCUACUCGUAUAUAAAUGGAAAAGUAAAGCGCCGUUGUUUUAGUUUCGACUCUUAGUUCCGUUCUCGGCAAUUUUUUGGAUAUUACCAUGUCAUCGACUUUCGUAUCGAUUUAUAUCUUGAAAACAUUUCCAGAAGAUUCUAACUAAGCUUUGUGUCAAACGCACUCCAGAAUGAAAAUAAAUAGAAUGAACAGUAGAAAUUGCUUGUCUAGGCAAGAAACCUCAACGAGUAGUGCAAGAAGAAAUAAAAGGAGUACUUGACAAUUAGCUGAGUGUUGAUAAAGUGGAUACAAACAUAACUGGCGAGUGCCCUUUGACGGUUCCUAUCUUCCAAAAGAGUACAGCUCAUGCUGCAGCAGAACAUUACGGCAUACGCAAUCGACUUUCCCGUGCAUAAGAAGUAGAAGUGAAAUUAGAAGCUAUUAGAAGACCAAGGCAGCGUUGAGACGAGAAUUAAACUCUUCUCAGUAUAUAUACUGAAAAUUUUCCUGCGACUUUUCAGGGAUUCACAUUGAUGCUAAAGCUCAUCAUGCAGUUAAGAUAUUCUAAAAUGGUCAUGGGCAGAUUCUUAAUUUAGCUAUUCCCUGACUAGGCGGCGGUGAAAUGCGGCACGACCAAGUUCGUUCAAUUGUACAUGGACCUUGUUUUCGCUUAACAGUGAUUAAGAAAUCAGGGCCCAGUUGUUCGAAGCAUGGUUAGCGUUAACCAUCGUUUAAUACCUUGACAACGUAUUGGUUUUGAUACUGCUUAACCAAUGGUUAAAGCUAACCAUGCUUUGAGCAACUCAGCCCAGGGCUUUAGUGCCAUUAACGAUCGACUUUUGUCAAUUGAAUGCCAAAAGGAUGCUCCGUUAAAGCCGUUUAUCCAAUAGUUUGCUACUUGCUAUAAAAACCAUAUUCGAAGAGUAGGUUAAAUCGAAACCAGCCAUGCAGAAGGUUGACCCUCCCAGCCUUUAUUAUGCAAUGACAUUCAGGCUGUAAUCAAUCAAAAAAUUUCCUAUCACGAGUGUUCUCGAAAUAUCUUCCGCUCAGUCAGGCUGACACUUCGGAUUUAAUCGUCGGGAGGGCCGAGAGUGCUCUUUCCUUUUCGGAUAUGACUUUGUGCUAAAAGAUGAAUCUGGUAGGCGGCAUAUAUUACCCUACCCUAGAAAUGUUAGAUCAGUAUAUGUUUCUGGGAAACUGUCCACCAACCCCUCCCCUAAGCCAACAUUAACACCUACUUCUCACUUAGGACAAAAUGUUGGUUUAGGGGAGGGGUAGGUGGGCAGUUAUGAUCAUUUGAAUCCAAAGGUUUAAGAGCACCCCCAGAAGAUGGGACAUCUGCAUAGCAGGCAGUCGUCUCUUGUUUUAAACGGUAAAUGGACAAAUGUUGUCUUUUCGAUCUUUUCCUUGUCUUGUCUAUUUAUUCUUUCAAACAAGGAACAACUGCAUUGCAUUGAACUCACUAUUGUUUUUGUGUUUGUGGUCAAAAAAGCCAUUUUAAAUUAAAGAUAAAAUCGCCCUCAGGCCAAUUUCUUGUUUUGCAUACUUUAACGCCCGCUAAGCCAAUGAUCAUGGCGACGCUAUUAUAAGCGCUAAACGUAUUCAACUGCAUCGAUCUUUCACAUAUCUCGAAUUCUUCAGUUGGUCAGAGUUAACUCAAUAUCAUGAGCACGCGCAUAGAAGCGAAAUGUUUCGCUUUCCUUUUCAAUAUCAAAGAAAAAACAGAGCGCAAGUAAAAAGGUCAAAAUCAGGAGUAAUUCAUCUCAACGACUAUUGAACAUUACUUAGAUGAGUCAAGUUACUACAUCGUAAUGUGCGUGUGAAUACAAUAAGUGGAAUGGCUUACUACCCACCAUCUGUUAAGACCAACUGGGAAGCAAAACAACAAGUAGCUUUACCUCCUAGGCCUCGUGCUGACUCCAACUCAUCUUAUGUUGUCUUAAGUGAAACAGCAAAAGAUAAACACAGAGCUUAUUCUUCGAAAAGUAGUGCAAAAGAAAAGAAAAAACGGCGAAAAAAGCCGAAAUCUGUCACGGGAAAUUGCUCAAGGACCGUACGAACUUUGAAUGAUGAAUAUCAAAUCAAAAGCCAUCUCGAGCGCCAUGGCUGUUGCCACGGACUAUGCUAUCAUCGUUUUCUUCAGUUUCUUGUUCUUUUCUUCUCUGUUGCUGCUUUGACUUUAGUUAUUCUUAUGGUCUUCGGCGUUUUGGGACCAGCCCAACGCUGUCGCGCUUGCAAAGAAACUGAAGGUAAGCUUACCUCUUCCGCAGUUGAAAGCGCUUCGUUUCGGAAAUGGAUGCCCCCAUUUAUUUCAAGCUUGGUAAUUCUGGUAUAAUUUGACUUAAAUAAUUAACUUCCUUUCACGGUGAUGAGCUGUGGGGCGCUGGAAAGCCCAUUUAAUAUUGUUUAUCAUCAUUUCACUGGUUCGUUUAACAAACCACAAGUUAGCUUUCAGCCGUAUUCACUUGCCCCAGAGGCUAUCAUUUGUUCAGUCCACCCUUGUUUUUUAUUUUCACAUUCUAAAGUUUCAAAAUAUCUUCUAAAGUUAUAAUAUUCUAAGAGGAAAAAGCUGACGGAAAUAAAUGGCUUUGUGGGGAAGUGUGUGGUGGUUAGAGGAGCGCACAUGACUCUCCAUCGAACCAACGAAUACAUGUGUUGAAUAUAUAGAUUGACGUGAAUUAUAAGUGGCAUGUUUUUUAUAUGGCUAAUUAUAAAAAUUAUUCUCGAUUCUUUGCCCACUUUUAAGAGUCAAACAGAAUUUUCUUAGAUACUCUGUCUUUAACGGGAAAUAGCUGAAAGAAUCUGGGCUAUGUCUUAACCCUUAACUUAUACGUGUAGUUUCAAAAGACGUUUUCGAUAUUUUCAGCAUUUUCUGCAAUUUUAAUUUAUUUCAAUAUGGAACUCUACAGUUGCUCCUUGCUGUGCAUGUACUGCCAACGCUGCACUUGGUAAAGCGCGAGAAAACGUGGAUUGCAUAAACCCCCGGACUGGUUUCAAGACCCCAGUAUACUCAUCGCCGGCUAGAACAAAUAGCAAAAUGUUGCCUUAAGUGAGGGCUAGGUGGGCAGUUUCCCAGAAACGUAUACUGAUCCAAAAAAUAAAUAGGCAAUUAAUAAAAUAAACAGUAUGGUCACUGUAAGAACUAAAAAGACUAAGGAUCGAUUUGAUUUUCAACUCCAGGAACUUCACCAAAAGUGGGUAGACAAUCUUCUGAAGAGCAAAACAAACAGAAUGAAACAGAGACGUCUUCUAAAAAUACCUUUAACACGGACUUCUCUCCAUUUUACGACAUCUUGGAGGAUUUGCAAGCUAAUAUUUCGUCUCUUCGUCAAGAAGCAGUAAGUCGACAAAUCUAAAUUAUAUUUUUGACGGGUAUUUAGACUAGAGCAGAUUUUCUUUAGGCUUUUAUCCACAAACUUUAAGUCAGAGUCACAAUUUGCAGGUCAAGACGUUAUUCGAAAGAAUUUGAGUGCAGGCAUACAACACUGAUGCUAAUAUUUUGCACGAUAACACCUCAAUGUGAGCCCAACACCGGUUAAUUUUGCGAAUUCUCUCUCAGCCUACCGGGCUGCAUGAAUAUCGCUCGCAGUGAUGCAUUGCAUUGUUGCCGAGUGGCUUUCUGUACGUGAGAACCUUUGGUCCUCUUGUGUUUGUCGCUCGGUGACUGGUCGGGAUUGCAAUUGUUGUUCGUAGCUCAUGGUCUGCUCGGGUGCGAUAAUCCUGAGAGAUUGCUAGCGGUCCAAUUAGAAACUUUGGUUAAAAUAAUUAAAUUUUCAAAUUAUCUUGCUCAAUAAUCAGAGAUAUAAGCGAUAUUUGCUGAGAAAACAUUGGCCAUCAAAACCGGCGGAAUGAGUUAGUUGACGUCCCCACCCCUCCACAACUACCUCCACCAUUUCAGCCUCAGAUAUAUGUAAGACGUAUUAUUUAUACUAUAUCUGCAAUACUUUGCGGAAUAAAGUUCCUCUGUUAAAAGUGGUAAACCAAUUUUUUUUUUCUGUGAAGGAAUCGCUACUUCAACAAUCAGAAGGGAACACGGAUACGCUUCUGGCAGCCAAAACAAAGUUCAAUUUUACAAGACACGAGAUUACACUGUUUUACAAUACGUUCUAUGCUGUGGUUAACAAUGUAAGCCUUGUUGUAUUUAGAUGACGCCUUGAGUUUAAAUUAUGCUAUCUAUAUUAUCGGUCUUGAGUGAAACAUUUUUGAUUUUCAAUUUGCUUGUCACUCUUAGAAGGAAUUCUAAUAUUCAGCUACCUAUUAGAUGCUAAUACAUCCAAUCCUCACGUUUUAUCAGGAGGAUAUUUUCACAUGUAGCUGGUGCGAAAAGUGAACUUGCAAAUGUGCUGAAUUAAAAGUUUGCUAGUCGCUAAAAGUGCUCUCUAAUUUGUUUUUGGGUGUAUCUGUUUGCAGGUCAAUAAUUCUUUGCAGCAGUUUAGCCAUGACAAUGCGCUAGUGUCUGGUCAACUUCAAGCAUUAAAUACCACGUUUACAAACGAGGUACGUAAUACAUUUAGCCUAUCCAGUGACCUGAAUCGUAUGCAAAUGUUCUACCAAAGUCGGUUGCAUGCAUUGCUGGUUUGUGAAAUAAAGUACAUGGAUUGAUUUGAGUCCAUUUAAAUUGAUCUUGCAGUUGGGAGAGAUGAAGCAAACUUACCAGCAGUAUAAUGACAUCAUCGACGAUGCUAUCCAAAAUGUGAACGAUACUAUCGCUGAAAAGGUUGGUAGACUGAUCAGCUGUUAAUUCUCCACGUUAAAAACGAGUGGGAAACUGGGACAAGAUUAUUUCCCGCAAAGACUUCUGGUACUGUUACUAAGGACAGGGGGAAAAUUGGCCAAUAGCUGACCAGCGCGUCCCCAGCAACUAUCCCAGAAACAAUUGCGGGGAUCAUUUCGGCUCCAGCUCCCGUCUCGUUUCCAAAGUCGUGACAAAUUGGAAGUUAAGGGGAAUAUAUCACGGCUUUUUAGAGGCCAAUAUUGGCCAAUAUUGGCUAGCUAUAUUAAUAUAGCUGGGGGUUUCAGUGGGGAUCAUUAACUGGGGAAGUAGCGCUUUUUGUUUAAGAAUCCGUCGCGCCGAAGCCGAGAGUGAUUUGCCCGGGUUUAAAGCCUUACUGAACGUCUUUCAAUUUUACUCGGCCAAACAACAUUUGAAGGCUUGUUUCAUAUCAAUCACGAUUUUUUAAAAACCAUGUUUUUCUAGGUAUCAAUUAGAAUUGCUGAACCUGGGCCAACUGGCGAGAAAGGACAAAACGGUUUCAGAGGUCCAACAGGAGAUACGGGACCCCCCGGGCCAAAGGGCCCCAUGGGGAUACAAGGAAUUACCGGAGCAAAAGGGGACAAAGGAAUGAAAGGAGAUCCAGGCUUUCCAGGCAAAAAUGGCAACAAGGGAGCGUCCGGGGAGAAGGGAAUCAAGGGACUGCAGGGCGACACGGGUCCUCCAGGAAUUAAAGGAGAUACCGGUGAUCCAGGACCAAGAGGGAUCGGUAACUUCAGUUGGUGCCAGCCUAAAAAAAUUGAGCAAACAUCACCUGCUAGCAUUGAUGAUACUCAGGUAACAUAGUUUACGAGCGUGUAAUAUCUGCAUUCUUAAGAAAUACUUGCUCACUAAAUUUUAGUUUCAAUUUUUCUAACUGAUGUUGGUCAGUCCAAGCUCAUACUACAUAGCCUGCUUGCAAGCUCUCUGGUGGUUCCGGGGGGAAAGAGGGGACUCCAGACCCCAGACCCUGAUACCAAAAGCAGAGAUGCUAUAUGUGCAUGCCUUACAGCUGAAUUAUCUUUAACAGGAUAUUUUUAAUUUUUUUAAUUUUCACAGAAUACAAAGGUCAUUGGAGCAUAUUGCACAACAACUACUGCUGAUGCAGAAUCUAACUUGCAAGUACUAAUACAAUCUCCGCCAAAUCACAAUACAUAUUCAUGCGUUUGUAGGGUCUCUGGAGGGAACCCACACUGUGCACUGCAUUACUGGGCGUGCCCCAUUCAUGCCCCAUAG